CUUUAACAUGUAAUGUCUAUGGAUUGUUGUGAUAAUGUUUAAAGGCGUGUUGCUUUGGUGUGCAGUGUAAAUAAAUACUGGUUGUGGUGUGGAUUGUCAUGGUCACCAUUUGAGACAUGAAUGCAGAGUGUUCAGUACUGUGGUUAGAUAUCUGCUUUGCAAUAAAUCAAGUAGUGUUAUUGAGUGAUUUCCAAAACGAUGAACGUAAUACUUCAAGCUUUACUUGUUCACGUUGUGUUUCUUGCGUCAAUUUUUGACAUUUAUUUUAAGUCGCCUAUAGUGAGAGGAAUUGAACCAAAUGCUACUACACGCUAUGCUCCAGCAAAAAGGCUGGUCCUUUUUGUCGCUGAUGGUCUUCGAUCAGAAGCUUUCUACAAGGCUUGUGAAAAUCUUGAUUCUCCUUUUCUAAAGUUUAUUGUGGAAACAAGAGGAACUUGGGGUAUUUCACAUACUAGGGUACCAACAGAGACUAGACCAGGUCAUGUUGCAAUUAUUGCUGGACUGUAUGAAGAUCCUUCUGCGGUAGCAAGGGGGUGGAAAGAAAAUCCUGUUGAGUUCGAUACUGUGUUCAAUCAGAGCCGCUUCACAUGGUCCUGGGGAAGUCCUGACAUUCUACCUAUGUUUGCAAAAGGUGCUAGUGGUGACCAUGUUUUCAUGGACAUGUAUGGCUCAGAACUUGAAGACUUCUCAGGAAAGGAGAGCACUAUCCAUUUGGACACAUGGGUGUUUAAUAAAGUUUCUAAUUUUAUAAAAUCAGCACAAAACAAUCCGGAACUAUUAAAGAAACUUCACAGUGAUAAAAUUAUUUUCUUUCUGCACUUGUUGGGCCUUGACACUGCAGGGCAUACUCAUAAACCAGGGUCAAAAGAAUAUAAAGAGAAUAUUAAGGCUGUUGAUGAGGGAGUGAAAAAAAUGGAAGAACUCUUUGAAUCAUUUUACAAUCAUGAUGGGAAAACAUCAUACAUCUUUACAGCUGAUCAUGGGAUGACAGACUGGGGCUCUCAUGGCGCUGGGGAUCCAUCUGAAACAGAAACACCACUCAUUGCUUGGGGUGCUGGGAUAAAUACUCCACAGUUAGUAACAGGAACUGAGAAUAAAUUGGACACAUUACGUAAAGAUGUUCACCAGGCUGAUAUUGCUCCCCUUAUGGCUGCCCUUAUUGGAAUUUCCCUGCCUGUUAACUCUGUGGGUUUAAUUCCAAAAGCGUACCUGAACUUCAGUAGCUCUGAUUUAUCUCAAGCAAUGUUUGCCAAUGCACAGCAAAUGUUGGCUCAAUACAAGAUGAAACGUCAGUCAGUAGAGACAGGAACACUUUCUUUCCUGUACCGUCCAUUUGCACUUCUUACAAAGGAUAAAGAAAAUGAGUUCCUGGAUGAGAUCAACAAAAAUAUAGUGGAAAAAAAUUUUGAAAAUGUGAUAUUACUCAGUGAAAAUUUGGUUGCCUUAAGUUUGUCUGGUCUUGACUAUUACCAGAAUUACUACCAGAUCCUCCUGUUAAUGUGUAUGACAUUAGCUUACCUAGGAUGGAUUGCAAAGCUUCUGUGUGCAUUAGUUGGAGAAAGUAAAUUUCUCAACAACAAAUUGCCUAAUGCUCCAAGGGUUAAGACGUCAUACAAGAAAACUGCUUUAUUCACAGCAGUAAGAAACUGGUUCUUCAAAGGCAGCCCAAAAGUGAACAGCGUAUUUGUACUUUUAAUUAGCAUGACUUUGGUGCUGAUCCAAGUGCAGUCUUUACCAUCUCAAUUCUACGUUUACUGCUGCUUACCACAAAUUCUUUGGUGGGAUGUCUUUCAAGACAUUGAUAUUCUGGUUAAUGUACUUAACCAUGCCAAGCAGUACUGUGAUGCAAAAUAUGGAAUACUUCUCGUUUUUGCAUACAUAAUUGGCAUUGAAAUCCUUGUACUCUCAUUUUUUCAUAGAUUUGUACUAAGUUUUGGAAUGUUGGGCAUAUUGUGCUGGCCCCUUUACAUAAAAGGACAAAACAAUGGUAAUCGAGGACUAAUAAUGGUCUGGUGUGUGUCGAGUAUAUUUCUUGCUGUGUUUCCUAUGCUCCCUGUCAUAGGAAGUCAGCCACAGAAUGAGAUACUGCUUUUGUCUGGUGUCUUGUGGGUGCUGUUUGGUGUAUGCAGCACAUUUUACUUCAAAUCUCAUAGUGAGAAGUGUACCAGGAACUUUGUUUAUUUGUUCCUCCUGUUGCUUUUGACUGCAACUGUAUGGAAUAUCCACCACAUAUCAUCUAGCCUUGGAGAAAAAACUGGUUUACCAGUUUUUAAUCAAGCUAUAUCAUGGCUAUUGUUUAGUGUGUCCAUAUUUCAGCCUCUGCUUAGUUCACAAAAUGUUGUGCCACGUAUUGUGAGCAUAAUGUUGGGACUAGCCGUCCCUUUUCUGUUACUGUCAGCCAGUCAUGAAGGGCUCUUCCUGUUGACUCUUUCAGUGAAUAUGCUCUGUUGGCUCUGUCUUGAGAAUGCUGUAUCACAUCAACAUGAGCAGCUUCUCCAGUGCACAUUUCUAGAUUAUUCUGUGAACAGAAAAAAUUCUGCAGCAGUUUCAUCAGGUGACUUCCGACGAGCAUUUAUUUUUUUAUUCUACAUAGUACUGUCAUUUUUUGGCACAGGAAAUAUAGCCAGUUUAAAUUCAUUUGAUCCAACCUGGGUCAGGUGUUUUGUAACUGUUUUUUCUCCCUUUCUGAUGACUGCCCUGAUCCUGUGGAAGACUGUCAUACCUUUUCUGACUGUUGCCUGUACAUUCCGUGCUAUUAAUGUAGUACUCAGGGUGUCAACAGAAAAGUUAUUCUUCAUAGUGAUGAUUUUUUCUGAUGCCAUGGGCAUGCAUUUCCUGCACCUAGUCACCAAUCAAGGCAGUUGGCUGGAGAUCGGGACAUCCAUUUCUCAUUUUGUGAUUGUGGAAACAAUGACGCUGCUCGUGGUGGUGCUCUACGGAGCUGCACAAUGGCUGACACGAACUUCACUUUGGCAGUUACUGUGGCAAGACACUGCGUCACCAGUGAAGCCCAGCUAUUCCCUGGAGUCUGGAGUCCUCCCCAUAGACAAAGUUGAUACCAGAAAGAUGCAUUCUCUGUUUCAGGCGAAGAAACAUGCUGAGUAAAAAAAUGGGAAAUGCAAGUUUCAGGAAAGGCACAUUUCUAGUAGUAAAUAAGAAACUGAUGGUUUUUAUUUAUUGGUCAGUAUUAAUAAAUGCCAAAUUAUGUUCUUUACAA